CUUGAGGCCCCUGUCCGACGGCCCAGCACGCAUCACGCGGCGGUGGCAGGCCGCGACAUGACACCUGAGUCUCCAAGUCUGACUUACUGCAUGUGGUAGACAGUACUCUGGCUUGGAUCGUCAACUAGAACCACAGCUUGCUCUCCACAACAUGAUCGGUUGCAGAGCAGCCCGAGCUUGCAAGGCUGACCACACAGACCGAGCCGCCCAGCCAGCCAUUCCGUCUACUUGAACACACUUGCCGACCGCUCUGCUCUCCCUGCACCGCGGAUCCCUUAUCUCCUCCCAUCUGGAUGCGCCCGCCCUCGGCUUCCAACAUGGCGUCGCUCUUCAGUGCUCAACUCCACCCAGGGCGUGCACUGGGAUUCCUUGUCCUCGGCGCAUCCCUCCACGACAUCCUGACCCGACUCAAGGCCGAGCCCCAACGCUUCCCGAAGCUUGACCUGGUAUAUUCGCCAACGGACCCGGUCAAAGAGCCCGUCAUAGUCACUCUCCCGUCGAACGGUGUCCGUCUACGCUUCGAUGGCCCUGAACAACGCCUUCGUUUGGUCGAGGUCGUCGACUUCACAAAGAACCACAUCACCUUCAAGGACCAGAGCACAGAUCGUGACCUGGUGAAGCCACCAGCCGACCCUACGGCUCAUCCUCAUUCGGGAGAGCCCGCCACCGAACCCACCUUCAAACACAUAUACCAGAGAUUCCUUGGGCCGACCUACGAUGGCGAGUACAUCCCGGGGUCCGAUGGGCAGGGGAUAUACAUGCUAUCGUACCCCGGCGUGGCUUUCACAUUCCCUCUGGCGCAGUCGGCCUAUUCGCCAGAAAAGGAUGUUGUGACACUGUUGUCUUCCUCCACCCAAGUCGCUACAUCGAUGGCAGUCUUCAGCGGGGACUCCUGGGCCCAGUCUCGGGAGACCCUGUGGACCGAGGUCCUUCCCAGUAUCAAAUCCUUCGCACCCCUUGCAAAGGGCAAGGAUGUGUGUCCAGAUGAGAUAUCACUCGUUAGAAUCCAUGGGGGAGGUAAGCUGCAAUUGUUCAAGAAAUGGACGAGCAACUCCACCUGGAUAUUACUAGGCGACACCACUCCACAGGAACUUGUUGCGGAACUGGGACCACCUGAUGCUAUCUACCGCAAGAACGACCAGCGCAUGUACAUACACAAAAUACGUACAGCCAGCAACAGUCGGACGCGGCCAGAUAGCGACGGUCUGCGGCGGCCCGGUGACCUGACCGACACGGAUCACUCUUCCGCAAACACCAUGUCCGAGGACUCCAACGAUGACGAGGCAAUCGAAGAGGAGUUUGCCGGCAACGUGUCCGGAGAGUGUUUCUACAAUUACUUCUACCUGGGCUUCGAUGUGCUUGUGUCUACACCAACAACCCCCUCUCAGCCACCACCGUCCCAGGACAAGUCAGGACUCCCAGGGAAGGCCAUCAGAUCGGAAGCACCAGAUCGCAUGGUGGCAACCAAGCUGAUCCUGCACGCCAACGUCCCAGGUUCAUACCCAUUCAACCGUCACCGACGCUGCAGAUGGGAGAUCGCCUACCUAGACCAGGCCUCACCGGAGGCACCAGUCAACACCGAGACGCCCUUCGCCCACAUCUCGAAACACCUGCGGCAGGAAUGGCAGUCUAUUUACUCCUCAGAGGACGAGGCCCUCCAGAAGCAGCGAGGUAUGGUUCUCAACCGCGGCUGGGGCGACAGUCCGGGGAGCAGCUGCGAGCUUCUCGGCGGCUGGGAGGACAGCGGCGAUAGCACGCACGCGGGCGUCGGUGUACGCCGUGCUGAUGGUAGUGAGGACUCUACGACGACGCUCUACGGCUUCCCCGGCCUCGUGUUUGAGGUGCUCAAGAAUGGGUAUGUCAGUAAUUUGACGGUCUUUUGAUGGCUGUUCGGUCAAUCCAUUAUAAACCUUGUAGUCACGGCAAGUCUGCCACCAUCUUGGCUGGACGGUCGAUGAGUUUAGAGGGUUGCAGGGCUUUUGUACAAGGGGAGGAUCGGUAGGAGUUCAGCGCGUUGGAAAGGAUGCAGUCUAAAGUGGCCAUCGAGGCCAUUCUUCACCAUUACGGAUACAGUGUUUGAUUUUCGCCGUUGUUCGUGCUUUAGACCUGGGCAUUGGAAAGGUGGCAAUUGAAUGGACGGUGGAUGCUGUUCGUAGAGCGCGCAGCGCUGCAAUUGAUACUACUAUGUAAGUUUCUCUAUGCACCAUCCUUGAAGCGGUCAAAGUGCCGCCUAAGGGUUUGUCCACUAGCCCAGAGGCAGUGUCGGCGUUCAGAAUCAAGUAAGCAAC